GCAUUGAAACUAUAUAAAUAUAAAUGACUCGCAUGCUUUAUGUGACAAGAAAAGUUUAUCUGGAUUUACUUUGAAUUUAUUAUAACUUAAAUCAAUCAAAAAACAAAAGCAAGAAAAAGAAAAAUAUAUACGUCAAAUGAUUAAAUUAAUCGAUGUUUCUAAACAAUUGCGUUAAGUUUGGAAAAUAAUAAUUGCUAAUCGACACUCCAAGAGAAAUUUAUGUCAAAUUAUAACAAUUUAUGUAAACCAGUUGGCAAACAAUAACAUCAAGUUGUUAUUAUUAUAUUGUGUUUGAUCGCGUUUAAAUUUUGCGACAAAUUCGAACAAGCAAACUUUAAGUGAGAAGAGCUAAAUUUUUAAACCCGGAAAUUAUUGUAAAAAUUACAAUCAUGUUAACGGAUAAUUGGCAGAAUUAUACUUUGUCAAAUUUUACUAAGCCGACGAUGAUGCCCGAUGCAAUAGCUAGCAUUGUACCGAAGAGACACGUGUCUUUCGUUUCGCAAUUUGUAUUAACAUUAGUUUAUAUAACCGGUGUCAUCGGCAACAUAUCCGCUCUGGUUAUCCUGUUCCACAAAGAUAAGAGAAGAAACCGUAAGCAUCUGCUAAUGCUGCGUUGUCUAGCAACCAACGAUCUCGUGGCAUUAUUAGGGAUGUUGGUACAAAUGUAUGUCACUAUUUAUGUAGCUGGUGCAACGUCCAUGAGAAUAUUUUGCUCUCUACGUGUGGUUUGGCGACUUUUUGGACUUUUUAGCGGUUGCGUUGCCAUUGUUAUGGCAGCAGAAAGAUGGUUGGCUUUGACUAGACCCUUCUUGUAUCAAAAGCAGGUGACGUAUCCGGUAAUUGUACGUUGUAUGUUGAGUCUUUGGCUGGUCGCGCUGGCGACGACCAGUCUUCCAGUUAUGGGCUUUGGAUUGUACUAUAAAGACGAACGUUGCGUCCGUUAUAGGGAAGCCACAGAGCCGACUGACAUUGCUUAUGCUUACGUAUGGUUUGUUUUCGGUACAGUUUUAUGUUUGUCCAUUGUCUGGUGCAAUUUGGCGGUCUCUAGAGCUUUGAAUAGAAUAAGUCGCCGCGCAGGUUCUCUCAGGCGAAUCUGUAAAGCUUCAUCGCGAGCAAAACCCUUGCUAACCAUAGCCGGGCCUCCGAAUCGACCAGAAGUUGCUACGAUUGAGGAAAAGGCAUUUGCGAGAUUGAUGGCUGUAUUAUCGAUAUCAUUCGUUAUUUGCUGGAUGCCACAUAUGAUUUCUAUUCCGUUGGCUCAAUUGGUGAUGCAGCUACCACAAACAGCGAUCACUACACGGAAGUUAAUUCGUAUCUUCCAUAUCAUAGCCGACAUUCUUUUAUGUAUUCACUUCACCUUGGAUCCGUAUAUUUAUGUUCUUUUGCGAGUACCACGACCGAGAUUUCGAUUGCUAAAACCGCUCUGUAGGAUCUGUUGGCCGGAUCGGAGCCGUUCCAAUUCGUUUACAGAUCAUCAAUGUAGCAGCGGUGAUCCACCCACGCCGAUUACUGAGGCUCCAUCGACACCUGUCAGCGAGGAGCACAAUUCGCAUCUCGUCAUGGCAUCGGCAUCUCUUUGAGACCGGCCUGUGCGAAUGAUCUUUCUAAAGCGAUUGAAAAAUCACGUAUCAAUUCUUGGAUCGUUUCGAUACCGGGAGAUAUUAUUUUGCGCAGUGCAAUUUGAGUUUUUUGCGUACAAAAUCAAAAUUACUUAAAGAAAGAGUUUCAGUUUAUAGAUAAAACAUAUACUUGAAUCGAUUUAAAUGAUGAAUCGAUUUUUUACUUAAAUACAUGUCUAUGUAAGCUUCUAGUCAGUAAUAAGCAUAAAAUAAAAUAAAUGACGGAUUUAUUAGUUGCCUGUGUAAUAGAGCGUAUUAAUUACGCAGGCAAUCAAAAUGCAAUGCAUUUAGAGUUGAAUGAAAAAAAUGUAUUCUCCAAAUAUGGAAAUUAAAAAAAAAUAGAAUAUUGAAAAGUAUAUUUUA